UCCUGGUUGAUUGUAAACACAGGGAGACCCACCUUAGUCUUCUCAUUUAUUAUUUAGUGUUUCUCUCCUUAAUUUUUAAACAUUUUCACCUCAUUUCCAACGUGAAACCUCGAGAAACGUGAAUGAAUUGAUACGAGUAGAGUGGACAGACCGAGUAUCACAUCCAUUGCUGGAAUUCGGGAGGAAAAAAAGACAUAAUUUGUGUAGCCUUAGGUUUAGCUGCACAAUGGCAUGUGGAGGAUGGGAAGGAGGUGUUGAUCCAGGCCAGCUCGAGGCACGUCUGAGAGCGGGAAUUGAAGCGGACAGACGCUACGCAGCGGAAAAUUCUGCCAAAAUCCGUGCCAUCCACUCAGCUCCUACCUAUGAUGAGUUUAGACAGCUUGUGUUGGGGACCCACUUGAAGCCACUUGAUCGAAAUGACAAGAAUAAGGUUCGUCCGUCCAUUUGGAACUCCAUAGCAUCUUCGGCAACAAAGAAGUGUAGCAAACUAACACCCCAUGAUACUGAAAAUUCUGUAUAUCCUACUGAUGUUCAGUAUGAUGUAAACAAUCCACCCAGUACAACCGAAGGCCUUGUCCAGCUGUGGGAGAGACUGGACCUUGCAGAGAGACUGGAACUGCUAAGGAACCUCACAGCACAGUCUACAGAGAGGUUGGCUGGGGGCUUGGUGGCUGGGGGUCUUUUGGGAGACGCAAUCACCACCCUGCUCGCAUUCACACCAACCGUCAGUGAUGUCGUUAUGGUGGUCAAUAUGCUACAGGCUCUAACACUGGCUAAAAGGUUCACCCUGAGCGUAACCUUAGUGUGUGGAGAGGAACGAUGGGCAUGGGGACGCCUGCUGGAGAAGCUGCAGCUGGCCAUCUCAGAAAGGCCACAGGAUCUGGCUGAAUUAAAUGUCACCGAGUGGACUCUGGCCCAGCUGAAGCUCAAGUUUAACCUUUAGAGUAUUCACUCUGAAAUAGUACAGAUGUUCAUGUCUUAUUUGCAAUAUUUAUGUUAUGUACUUAAGAAGAUGUUGCUGGAGUAGUUGGUAAGUUGUAACUUUUUUAUGGAUUUUCAUCCCUAUGAAAUGAAGAGCUUUUCUGAUUACCGUCAAUUAAUUUUGCUAGCAGUGAAAGGAUGAUCAUAUGUGGAAUGGUACAGUAUCUAUUUAUAACAGUUCAUUUGUGUAUGUAGUGUUUUGAAGGAUAAUGAUAUCUAGUACAGUCGAAGCUCAAAAACCUAGAUGUCAAAGUUAAUUUUAUUUUUCAAUAACUUGUAACAUGUAGGGUCAGUUUGUAAGUUUGCUUUCCCUUAAUUCUUUGCAUAUACAGUACAUGCUUUUCUUGGUACACAUUUUGUCAGUUUGUUGAUCUGCUUUGUACCAAAAGACUCAGACUCUAUAGAUUAUACAAAUGUGAGAUCUUGAAAUUUAAAAGUACCUUCCAAGAUAAAAUAAAAAGUAUAUGCUUUAAGGAUUUUGUAAAAAAAAACAAAAAAACAAACAAAAAGGAAGGGGGAGGAAAUGCAAGAAUGUUGCAAACACUAAGCAAAGAAUGGGUAUGUGAAUCCGAGCUGAGUGAUGUAUUAUUAGAAGUCCAUUGAUUUACAAAAGGAAGGAAGGGGGAUUUAUAUAAACACGCAGAAUCUACUAACAUUUGCAGCAACACACUUUUUGUUAUUGCAUUCUGAUUUUCAGAUUUUUGAACUUUGACUGUAAGAUCUUGGUUUUCUUAUUUUUAUAAGCUUUAUGUUUGAGAAAUAACAUCAUUGGAAGAUAGUCUGAACAGUGACUUUUUCUACAAGAUUGAAUGUGUGAAUGUUAUUUAUAGGGGAAAUAAUUCAUUGCAUUUUCAUGUUCUCAUACAAGCUGAGGCUAUAUUCAUAUGUGUUUUGUCCUGUUAUAUAUUUUGUUGCAUUUCUUGUUACGAAACUUUACCAAUAAUCAGACCUUGGAUUUUCAUGCAGGGAAACUGACCUACAUGCAUAAGUAGUUCGCAAGAAGUUUUACUAAUCAGAUUAUUAUAUAACUGUAUAUACACUAAAAAUUCAUGCAAUUUUGGUCUAUUCUGUAGCAGGUAUAAUUUGAACAUGAACACAAGUGAAAUCUGAAAAGAAUAAAAGGUAUGUGAAAUCAGGUAUACCUAUAAUAAUUACUGUCAUGUAAUAUCAAAGAUACCUAUCAUUAAUAGAAGUCAUGUAAAACUUAGAUAUAACAACCAUUAGGUACAUGCCAUCAGGCAGAAAAAACAUAAGCUUGUCUUUUUGGUGAAGUUUCUCACCAGAACAUGGUAGUGUUUCUUUUAAACAGCAAUAAUAGAAAGAGAUUGGAUUCAGUUCUGAUUAACACUGCUGGAGAAUGUUUUUACAGCUUAGGGAUAAAAGCCAAUUUUCACAUUGGUAGAGAAGGAUGUUCAUAUCAGAAUUUAUCUGACUUUAGGACCCAAAGGCUUAGGGCACAUAGGAAUAAAGGCCAAAGAAAAAAUCAUAUGAAUGGUUAUAAGGGCUAUCCUAUCAACCCUGACAGUUAAACAAACAUUAUUUCUACCACCAUUGUAAGUGCAGUAUAGCUAUUGUAAAAGAGCAAACUAAGGGAUAAACUCAUGUUAUGUAUGAGAUAUCAAGAUAUGACAUGAUUAACUACAGAGGUAAACUGCAAACAAUUUGCCUUCACACAAACCCUUUACCAAUAUGAGAAUCAUAUGCCUGUAAAUCUGUGUAAAAAAUUCCUCCAAGUUAGUUGUCUUGAGAAAGUUGAGAAAAUAUUGCUGCCAUUGCUACUACUUGUGUCAGUUUCUCAGUCACAUGCUUGGAAAGUCAUGGUUAAGAUGUAGAUUUCUUUAUAAACAGCCAUUAUAUUCAUGUCCUUUUGAUGGUUGGUCAUUGUUUAUAUUUCAUACUGUGUAUGAGAUUUGGCCCAAUCGUCCAUCUUUUACAUAUCUUUCACCUUGAAGUAUUUUUGAGUAUGGUGUUCAUCUUCAUCACACUGGAAAUCCAUUGUUCUCUCCUUUCUCAUUCUCACUCUGCCUGUUAUGUAUAUUAGCUGCCAUGUAUAAUAACAGAUCCUUUGGUAAUUUUUCUAUUUUUGUGUUCAAUACUGUGAUCAUUUCCAUGUUUAGUGGGAUAUUUUGAUAUCAAAGAAAAAAAUAAUAAUGUCUGAAACAAAUUCAUUAAUUAACAAUAGCCAGGACCUGUUAAAAACUUUUCAUACCCUUGCUACACCUCAUGUGAUGAAAUCAUAUAUUUUGGCAGUAUUACACAUAGUUAUUUUUCUUAAAGCAGUGUAAAUGUGACUCAUGGGUAGACAGUACCAAAGAGCAUUACAUUAUGAGGGUGACAGGCUGUAGGGAUUUUGAUGGUAUUGCAAAUCUGAUGAUGAAUAAGUAAUAUUAAGUAGAAUUUCACUAAAGAGUUCUGGCUUCCAUAGCAUUUAAUUUUAAUGCAUAUUAGCAUAGGUUGAUAAUAGCUAAAUGUUGUGAAUGAUACAGCCCAUAUAAUACCAUCUAGUACUCAGAAUGGGAUAUGUAUAUUUGUUUCCCCAUUGCACAAGUUAAAGACCAUGGUCUCACCAAGACAUUUUGCUUUAUAGAUGAAAGAUGAAACUGCCUUGCACUUCUUCCAUUGUUAUCACACAUGACCCUAAAGCAAGACAAAAUGGUCCAGCAUUCAAAUGAUUUGUUGAUUAUUUGAGUGGAGGAAACCAAAACUUGUUCAAAGACUCGUAAUUUAUGUGGGAAAUAAUGAUAAAAUGACAGCACUUUAGUUAUAAAUACCUUCUCAAAGUUUAGUAACAUCUUAACAAGAGGUUUCAUAUGUAAUGCCUGCUUCUUGCAAUUUCAAAAACUGUUCUUAUGUUUUUUAUAAUCACUUCUGGCUUUGCUUAAUAGCAAAAUAACCACAAAUGUCAGUGGUUUAUUUCUUAUUAUGAGGAUAAUUGUAUAUUCUUUUAUUUUUUUAUCAUAUGAUGGCAGAAUAACCACAAGGUGCAGUGGCUCAUUUUCUUUUAUUAUGUGGAUAAUUGUAAUUUAUUUGGUUUCUUUUUCAUAUUGAUAUCACCCCACAUUUUUCAUCAAUAUGUAAAUUAUUGAAGAUUGCCUUUGUAAUGCCAGUUACUUUGUUCAACAGUAAAUUUCUAAUAUCACUUCUGUGCCAGUUACAUAUAGACCCAGUCUGAAAUUGUCUUUUUAAUAUUUAUUUUAGUCUAAUUCUGUUUUCCAGGAUGUCAGAAAAUUACAUUUUUCAAUCUAAUGCAUGUAACUUUUUUCAUACUGAUCACAAGACACAUUUCUUGUUUUUGGUGUCAUUUCGGUAUUAUCAGCACAGUGCUUUUGUAAUGUUUCUCACCACAUUGACAAUAUAAAGUGGGCAUUUACUGCACUUGAGUACAAUGAAGGAAUGAAUGGAUCUGUAAUAAAUGUAAUACUAUUUUUCAGUAUUAAUUCCAUUUAGAUGGAGCAAUGCAAGGAAAAAAUGUGUUUCUAAAAUUGUGGUACACUUUUUGAUUUGUACAUAUGAAAUUAUACAUUUCACUUUUCAUUCUUUUUUUUUCUUUUUUUUUUUCUGUUCUCCAUUUGUUAUGUAGUACAAUGUAGUAUUAAUUCUGUAAUCUAUAGAAUUAGUUUGAAUAUGACAAGAGAAAGUGAACAGCAUAGUACACUGCAGUCAAAGCAGGGAUGUAGAGUGUACAUGUUGAUAUGUGAAACUACCUCUUUUACUUUCAGAGUUUGUUUAAUGUUAAGUGAAUUAACCAUAAAACACCUUGCAAAAUAGUGAGACCGUAAAACUUAUGAUGGUGUGAGAAAUGAGGACUGUUUAAAAGAUUAGUGAAUCUUACACUGUAUUUUUCCUUCAUUUAAGGACUUUCUAUUUACUAAUGCUUAAAUAUGUAUUGUAUUCUUUUGUUUUGUUUUAACCAAAGAGUGUGUUUGUGUUGCGUUGAAGAGUUUUGUGCAGUAAGAAUAUCACAUGUAAAGCAUUAACUGUGUUUUGAGUAACUUAUGUAGUGCAUGGAUUUUGAGUAGUUCUGUUAGAAAUAAAUGGAUAGCAUAUGUUAAUGAGUUUUUACUAAUUUAUUUUGGUAUUAAGGAGUGGAUUUUAUAUACAAACUAUCUGAAAUUUCAUAUGGGAAGAAAUGUAGGAUCUGAUUACACUAAAACAAAAAUUGUAGACAUUUUGUCAUGUUUAAUUACUUAUAGCAGCAACCUAAUUAUGCAAGGAGUGAAAUAAAUAAAUAAAAUGCAUUAAUGAAACCACAUCCCUGUGUAACCAGCAUGGUAGAUCUUUGGAACCUUAUUACAUGUUACCUGAAUGAUUAAUUUGUCUGAAAGUCCACACAAAUAAAAUAUAUCUUCAUAAUAUCUUUCUGUAACAUUUGAUAUUCAGUGAUGCAUUUUUUUUUUAUACACAAAUUAACCAGAGCAGACACAGCCACAGAUUAAUGAUUUGAAAGUAAUUUUCUUCUGUGAGA